AUGCACGGUAGGCGGGGUGUUUUGAAGUAUAUUAAUUUUAACGCUCGCAUUCCAAGCGAGACGCCGCGAAGUCGCGCAGCCGGCGUAAGGCGCGGCGGAUUGCCUACGAGCGAGGCUCCGGAGUCCGGCUCCAUCCUACAGCCUACAACGGGCCUCGGCCGGUACCCGCGCCACUAUCUUGCCGCAUUCCACGGAGCCGCAGUCGCGGCGCGCCCCGCGCGUGCCUUCAUGCCUUCGACGACCCACGCGCCCUCUUCGGUAUCGGUGUUCGCUUCACUCAGUCGUUUCUACGCGCUCGCAGAGAAUGUGCAUUCGCGCCACGCGACGCACCGCGCUUACAAGAUCGCGAACAUAGUGUUUAGUGCAGUGCUUAUGGAUGCGCAUCGCAGCGGAUUAAUGUGUAAUUGCGUUAUUCAACAUUGGAUUUAUUUAUUAAUGAGCAAG